CAAGUCCUUCCCUUCUCCUCAGGGUGGUGCUCAGUGACCUGUUUAACCGCUUCUACUGCUGUUUGGCACUUAUCUUAGCAACCAGACCAGAUGACAAGUUGAGGCUUGUCUAUGGUGAGAGGCCAAUGGGCUGAACUUCCUCAGCCUGCAGAGCAGCAGGUUGGCUGCACUGAAUCAUGCUGCAUUGCUCUGCUGCUACUAGACAAACACACAGGAGAGAUUUUGAAGAGCAGAAGUCUGUCAGUUUAACCUAACACCACCCCAGAAGAGCCACUGACACUGCAGCUGGAAGUCAGUCAGAAUGAGACACAACUUGAUGUUUUAAGAUGCCAUUGGACUGAUAUCAGCAUUUGGAGUAAAAGUCGGAGAGCAUGAUGAGAGUUUUUCUUGCCAUUUAACCUCGCCAUCUUUGUGAAAUCAGUUUCCUCCACGUGGAAAACGCAUCAGACAGCCGCUGCUUCAACCAACACGAACAGUGUCCAUUUGAUUCCUUCUCUGACUCUCAUCCUGUGUGAGUGAGGAGGUCACCAUGGCAACUGUGCCACAGGGGAUUGUGGGAAAGCCAAGGUUUGGCCCUAGUGACUGUCUGAUCGCAAUGUUGAGGGCUUGCUCCAGAGAUUCGACUGAGGCGAUUCAAACAAGACUGAAAUGCAUGCUGCAAAUGUUUCUACAGCAUUACAGGGACGCCGAGGGAAAUGAGAAUACCAAAGAGUUGGCAGCAAAGUGCUGCUACGAGGCAGGGGUUUGGUAUCACAGAAUCUUGGAGAACCUGAUCAGUCAAGAGAGGAAAAGGCUGGGCUUCAGUGACAUCUCAGGCAUCUUGGAGCAUGAUCUUUUCCAGCGCUGUCUGGUGGCCUGUUGCUUGGAGAUCGCCGUAACCUCAAACAGCUUACCAUGUGACUUCCCACUGCUCCUUCAGAUCCUCAAACUGGCACCAUACCACUUUUGGAAGGUGAUUGAGCCUGUUUGGCGGGUCGGGUCAGGCUUGCCUCACUAUGUGGUCACACACCUCAUCCAAGUGGAAGAAAAGGUUUUGGAGAACUUGGCCUGGACCAGCGACUCACCACUGUGGGAUGAAAUCACACCCAACGAGGGCCAUAUGCCCACCUGCCAACAGGUAAUGCAUCCAAAUAGGCUCGAAGGUCCAAUGCAAACGGAUCCAGGUGUGCCGAGAGUGGAUGUCAGUUUGGGGAUGAACCACUCAGCCAGGACAGAGCAGAAGCGUUCCCCAUCAGCUAUAAACAGACAAGAGAAAAGCAGCUCCCUCCAUCUGUUUGCUCGGAAGGUUUACAGCUUGAUGGCCAAGCGUCUGAGGGAGCUGUGUUCCACGCUGGAAAUAUCUGAUGAGCUGCGAUUAAAGAUCUGGACCUGCUUUGAGUAUUCCUUGGUCCACUGCUCUUGUCUAAUGGUAGACCGUCACCUGGACCAACUGCUCAUGUGUGCUAUCUACAUCAUAGCUAAGAUUACCAAGAUGGAGAUACCCUUCAAACAGAUAAUGAAAUUCUACAAGUCACAGCCACGUGCCAACAAAAGUGUCUGCAAAAACGUGCUGAUUUCAGAAAAAAUGGAGGAAAAUUCUGCCAUCAAUAAUGGAAAGCACAGCAGCACUAUCCUAACCCCCAACACACCAUCAACACAUUAUCCAAGACCUGGGCAGGAGGAGCGGGGCAAUCUCAUCCAUUUUUACAACCAGGUCUACACGACAAAGAUGCAGCAUUUUGCCAAACAGUUUGCUCAAACCUCAUUACGAGACACCCCUCCUUUGUCUCCAUACCCUCGACAGUGGAAAGCAUCUCCUCGCUGUUAUCAACUGUCGAACAGCCCGUCCAUCUACAUUUCACCAUACAACACAGAAACCCCUUCCCCUCACAGAACUGGGCUCUGCUACUACUUCAACUCAAGUCCCCCAGAGCUUCUGCGUGAGAUCAACAACAUGAUCAAAACGGGCAGGUCGCCAAACAUGCGAUGCUAUGCGGUAUCACUGGAUACAGAUGAGGAAGGAGACGGAUCCUCAGCCAAAAGGCUUCGUUUGGAUGGUCAGUCAGCCUGGCAGAGACGACUAAGGAAUGUGUUCAAUGAUCGCAUUACAAGAACGAAUCAGGACCAGGUCUAGCUUACUCCAGCUAACAUGCCCAACCCCCAAUCCGAUGGAAGUAAAGCACACAUUUGCUUUUUCUCAAAUUCUCUGUCAGCUCAAAGUACUAAAUUUCCAUUGCUUGGCUCUUUUGUUUGGAACCAUUUUUUCUCAUUGGUAUCAUUUUUUCUGAUACCAUAAGUCAUGGUGUCAGUUAUUAGACUCUCUAAGAAGAGUCUAAUAACUGACACCAUAUUUGAAGGCCCUGUGUGAUUAACUUGAGGAUGCACUCAUUUGUUCUCAUUAGACUGAUCUGUUUUUUAUGUUUGACUUACUCUUGGAAUUUUGAGGUCUGUGAAUAAGCCACUUUAUCCCCAGCACAAUAAUAGAAGACUGGUCAUCCUGGGUUGCUGCCUGAUGGAAGUGUCCUUCAUGAUAUUGUAUGAAUUUAAAGAAAGACAAGGCUGCAAAGUGCCCAGUGAGUUUUUCUUAGAUAAAAAAAGGACUUAGACAGGUCUUUAGCAACUAAAAGGCACAUUAGUUAGUGUUUGUCUGCGUCCACAGGAAUUAAUAUUUACAGUAAUAUGAAAACAUAAAUGUAUCCACAAAUGCAUCCAAUAGAAAUUUGGGUGAAAAUUGUUUUUUUUCUGCACAAAUUUAACAAUUCUGUUAUCUUAGUUUCACGACUCUGUAUAAUUGUGUAUGUGACAAAUAAAGGUUGUUUGUUUUGUUUGUUGUUUAUUGUUGUUGUUUGUUGUUAUCAUGGCUGAACAACUCUGUGUUAGAUGUGCCUUAGUAGCCUUGGUCUUUGCCUUUAUGUUAACUGUAAAACUUGACCUGUUAUGCAGGUCAAGUUUUUGCACUGUCUACAACACAAAGAGUUAACCGCAGAUCCUCUGAUGAAAGUUUGGGGUCUUUGGAGACUUGCAUAAUUUGCUGAGGCAACCCGUUAUGGAAAAUUUGGCAGCUAUUUAGCUACAAGAUUUUUUUUUUUUAGAUGAUUUGCAGAAUUAUUGAUUUUAAAUUAACAGGGGAACACCAAACCCUGAAUGCCGGAGGUUAAAAUAAGACUUAUUACUCUCUAAGAAGAGACUAAUAACUGACACCAUACAGUAUUUGAAGGCCCUUUGUGAUUAAUUUGAGGAUGUACUCAUUUGUUCUCACUAGACUGAUCUGUUUUUUAUGUUUGACUUACUCUUGGACUUUUGAGUGUACAUACUAACAUUAACCUCUGUCUAUGACCUGCAUGAAUACUGAAGUUUGAAGUGAUUUCAUUCUGACUGCAUAUUGGUGAUACUAGGGGUUUGAUGCAUACCACUCUAAAGUAAUUUAAAGUUGUUUUUACAUUCAACUUAUCGCAAAACUAUUGAGGAUAAACUAAAGUAAGACUUUUUCAAAAAAAAUAAAUGAAAAGUGCUGUUACAGUAGCAGAAACUUGCACUGGUCAACAUAAAUGUAGAAGCUAAAACAAAUUCAGUCUCAAUAAAUCUUUAAAAAUCCUCUCAGCAGUUUCAGCCACCGUUUAUUACAGACUGAGUAUCACAGCUGAUUCA